AUGUUGAAUAAUAAACACGUAGUAGAACACGAAGAAGAAGACGAAGAAGAAGAAGAAGAAGAACAAUGGAAUCAUAAAGGCUUAGAUAUAUUAAAUGUGAAAAAGAAUCUUUUUAUUAAUACUUGUCAAUCAUCAUCAAUUUUUUUCAUCAUAGUUAUUAUUACAAUUAUACCAAUUUCACAAGUAUUUGUUGGUUGGCAUUAUUCCGAUGCAUGUCCAAUCAAUCAAUCAAUUCCGUAUUAUUUAACUGUAGCAGGUAUUGUUGGUCUUGUUCUAGUUAUUCUAAUAUUUGUUUCCCAAUUAAUGGCUCGAACAUUUACAAGAAAAAUGUGUGAUAAUGUUAUUGAUAGAACAAAUCAAAAUCGAACAACAAUGCUUGUUGGCUGUGGAGUUUGUAGUAUUAUGUGUAUUAAUCUAUCACUUUUUAUAUUUUUACUUGGUUGGUCUAUUGCUGGAUGGAUAUGGGUCCUUGGAGUAUGGCACAGAGUGCAAUAUUAUCAUAUAACUGACAAUGAUUACUGCCAUCCAAUACUCUAUAAAUUUACUUUUUCGCUUCUUUUAUUAACAAUAUCUUUUCAAAUGGUUUUAUUUUGUUUUGUUUGUAGAAAAACAUGUGUUAGAAUAACGAAUGCUCGAAAAAAGGAAACAAUAACAAUAGAAGAAUUUUGA